GGCCACGCGGCUCCCAGCACGGAUGGCGGGAAGGUGUUCUGUAUGUUCUACGCGUUGCUGGGCAUCCCGCUCACGCUCGUCAUGUUCCAGAGCCUGGGCGAGCGCAUCAACACCUUCGUGAAGUACCUGCUGCACCGCGCCAAGAAGGGGCUGGGCAUGCGGCGCGCCGACGUGUCCAUGGCCAACAUGGUGCUCAUCGGCUUCUUCUCGUGCAUUAGCACGCUGUGCAUCGGCGCUGCGGCCUUCUCCUACUACGAGCACUGGACCUUCUUCCAGGCCUACUACUACUGCUUCAUCACGCUCACCACCAUAGGCUUCGGCGACUACGUGGCGCUGCAGAAGGACCAGGCGCUGCAGACGCAGCCGCAGUACGUGGCCUUCAGCUUCGUCUACAUCCUCACGGGCCUCACGGUCAUCGGAGCUUUCCUCAACCUCGUGGUGCUGCGCUUCAUGACCAUGAACGCCGAGGACGAGAAGCGCGACGCCGAGCACCGCGCCCUGCUCACGCGCAACGGGCAGGCGGGCGGCAGCAGCGCGGGCUGCGGCGGGGGCGCUGGAGGCAGCGCGCACACCACCGACACCGCCUCGUCCACCGCGGUGGCUGGCGGCGGUGGCUUCCGCAACGUGUACGCCGAGGUGCUGCACUUCCAGUCCAUGUGCUCGUGCCUGUGGUACAAGAGCCGCGAGAAGCUACAGUACUCCAUCCCCAUGAUCAUCCCGCGGGACCUCUCCACGUCCGACACGUGCGUCGAGCAGAGCCACUCGUCGCCGGGAGGGGGCGGUCGCUACAGUGACACUCCCUCGCACCGCUGCCUCUGCAGCGCGGCGCCGCGCUCCGCCAUCAGCUCCGUGUCUACGGGCUUGCACAGCCUGUCCACCUUCCGCGGCCUCAUGAAGCGCAGGAGCUCCGUGUGACCGCCCCGCGGGCCUGGCGCACUGGGAGCGCGGCAGGGCCGGGCAGGGGCCGGGCGGGAGGCUCCUGCCCCAGAGCAGCAGCAGGGGUCGUCGAAGAGGAAGCCCAGCAGCCUUCGGCCCCGUGG